AUGGGUGACAGCUGGGAGAAGGCGAAGCGGUACAACUCUACAAAACUCCACACUAUCAGGGGAUUUGCUCACUUGCCAUUCGCACGAACAGUUGACCCGUCGUACAACGAGUGGAUGACGAAAGAUGAACUCGCAGAAGGGUAUGCCAGAUGGGCGAAGAAGUAG